GCGACGCCCCCGCGCCGCCGGCAAGCGCGGGGCAGCCCACCGCCCCUCGCCCCGCGGCGGGGCGGGCCACUGGGUGCGCCGACUUCGUGGACCCGUUCUCGGGCCUCCGCCUCGCGGGGUGGAGCAUGCGGAAGGAGCGCUGGGAGCAGCUGAUGAGCGGGAAGCGCUUCACGCGCUUCGAGAGACUGAGCUCUGCCGCAGACUGCUCCGAGGACGUCGUCGCUGUGGGGGUUGUGUAUGAGAGGGCGCUUCCCAAGACGAGCUCCAUGGGCAGCCGCUUCACCCACUGGACGCUGACGGAUUUCUCCUGGCCGCAGCCGCGGCUCCUCAAGCUUAUGCUUUUCGGAGACGCGUUCGAGGCGUGGGAGACAGAUCCUGAGUUGAAGGUCGACAAGGGAUCUGCAUUCGCCAUUCUGAACCCGGUCUUGAUGGGCGAGGGCGCCCGCGACGCGAAGAAGGCCGCAGACGAUACCAGGUUGUGUGCGAAGAUUGGGCACGGGUCGCAGCUGGUGCGACUCGGCAAGUUCCCUUCGCUGGGCUUCUGCAGGUGCCAGAAGAAGGACGGGACGCAGUGCUCCAUGCCCUGCGACACCAGCCGCGGCACCCUCGUCUGCUACUACCACUCGCUGCACCAGGCUGCGCAGCAGGUCAAGCGGUGGCAGGGCAAGGCCAGCGGCGCAGCGGUCUCCGGCCAGCGCCCCGCCGCCACGGGUGGCGAGGCCGCUGGCCAGCGGCCGCCCCGCCCGCUGGGCAAGGAGAACCAGGCCACCGGGACGUUAGUCUAG